ACCGCUUCUACUGGUUUCCAGAACUCUCUCCUGCCGCCCUCCUUAUCUCCAGGCCGGACGAGCCCGCAGCCGCAGCGUCCGACCUAGGGUUCUGCGCCGCCGCCGCCCCGCUGCUCCCGAGGAGAUGCCUCGUUACGAUGAUCGUUAUGGAAAUGCACGCUUGUAUGUUGGUAGAUUGUCCUCCCGUACUCGUUCGCGCGACCUAGAAUAUCUUUUCAGCAAAUAUGGAAGGUUUUUCCGUUUUUAACACAAUCCGGAAGGUAUGUGGUGGAAGGGUGCCCUUGGUGGAAUUGGUGGCCAUUGUUCCAAAGUUUGUGGAGGACUUUGGCGAAGGGUGCCCUUGGUGCUUGGUAAUACGGGAAGUGGAAUUGAAGCGCGACUAUGCAUUCAUUGAAUACAGUGAUCCUCGUGAUGCUGAUGAGGCCCGAUACAACCUAGAUGGCAGGGAUGUUGAUGGGAGCCGCAUUAUUGUUGAGUUUGCUAAAGGGGUUCCACGUGGUUCUGGUGGUUCACGGGAACGUGAAUAUGUGGGAAGAGGCCCUCCUCCAGGAACAGGGCGUUGUUUCAACUGUGGUAUUGAUGGUCAUUGGGCCAGGGACUGCAAGGCUGGUGACUGGAAGAACAAAUGCUACCGCUGUGGAGAAAGGGGCCAUAUAGAAAGAAAUUGCCAGAAUAGCCCGAGGAGUCUCAGGCGUGAGAGAAGCUAUUCACGGUCCCCAUCUCCACGUCGUGGACGGGCGCGCAGUCGGAGCUACAGCAGAAGCCGUAGUUACAGCCGAUCUAGGUCCAGAUCCUAUUCUGAAUCUCCCAGAGGGCGCCGCACAGAGCAUGAUGAGAGGAGAUCAAGAAGCAUUAGCUACAGCAGGAGCCCCAGGCGAUCACUCUCCCCAGAAGGCAAGGAAAUGGAUCGCAGCCCCACACCUGAUCGCAGUCGGAGCCCCAGGCGAUCCAUCUCCCCUGUAGCAAAGGAUAAUGGUGAUAGCCCUCGAGGCAGGGAGACGAGCAGGAGCCCUUCUGAUGGCUACCGUAGCCCUGUGGCCAAUGGCCGCAGCCCGAGAAGCCCUGCUAAGAAUGGCAGUCCCAGUCCUACCAGGGACAACAGGGGCAGUCCAAGUCCCAGGGGCAGUCCAAGUCCGAGGGGCAACAAUGGUAGCCCUAGUCCCAAGGGCAAUGGUGAUGGUGGCAGCCCAAGUCCAAGGGGCAAUGGAGAUGAUGAUGGCCGUCGUGGCUCAGGCUCACCCAGAGGAAGAAGCAUGUCUCCCUGAAACAUGGAACCAUUUACCAGUUUCUGCUCGCUACAUGUGUUUGUGACAGUACAUUUCAAGUUUAAGACGAUUGUCAGUGAAUUUCCUACAUGUUUCCUGAACCUGUUAUUUAGUACCUGGACGCCUCGAAGGUUUGUUACUCUGGUUAUGUUGUUCGUAAUGGAUUGAUAAUACUAUUAAGUAGCAUAAGAAUAUAUGGUAUCAGUCCUGUGACA